GCGAUCAGGGGAAGAGUUUUAGUGAGACUGUAGAAGAACUGAAAUAUCGCCGUUCUCUUAAAAUUGCCCUAGAUAUUCUGAACCAAAAUGACUCAUCCAGGCAAGUACCACCCUCAGAAGAAUCACCAAGUACACAAUUAUCCCAGAAGAACAGUACAAGAUCUCUCUCAUGUACCCCCUUAACUACUCAGGAUGCUAAGGCACAUGAAGAUAAAACAAAACCUUUGGAAUAUAGGACUAGUGACUUGGGUAAUAUGUCAGACUUGGAAAGUGUGAAUUGCAAAAGGACUGAGUCAAAGCCACAAAGAAAGCAGAAAACCGUCAAGCCCAGACAGCUGCCAAAGUCCCAGACAAAAAGUAAAUCCUCACUUAAGCCAAAGGAGGAGAAAAGCAAGCAAGAAAGUAAAAGGCCAAAAGGUGCAGGGUCGUCCAUAUCACAUGUUAAUGACUUGCUGAAAGAUCAAGUGCAUUCUCCUACUGAAAAACGUAAUCCUGUGCCUGUGUCCUGCGAGUCCAGCACGACAGUAUCUGUCAGACGAAGGGCAAACACCAAAGGUCAGCCUAGAAGGACAGCACUGGGUUCUUGUGAAUGUGCCCAGGAUGACUUGGAGAGCCGCAUCAGUAACGAGAGUGAAAAUCUAGCAAAGAAACUGGAUGGAAGAAAAAAGCCAGUGAAUUUAAAACGCAAAAAACAGGAGAUCAAUGCGAGUCCGUCUUCGUGCAGGAAAAGCAAAAGCAGAAAUGUCCCCGAGUCUUCACCUGGGCCUUCAAACCAUGGAAAUCUUUCUGAUAGUCUCCUGCCUAAGCUUACAGAGGAGGAAAACAAGAAUACUUCACACAUACUUAAGAAUAAAGUAAAGGACUUUCAGCUGCCUGACUUUGAGGAAGAUGAAGGGUUGGAGUCUUCUGAUAUGUCUUCAAAGGUAGGUUCCCCAGAGAAUCUCUGUCUUCUCUCAACUCUGGUAGAUGAGGAAGAGGAGGAGGAUGAAGAACUUCCUAGUAUUCUAUCUCAUCAAGUCAUAGAGCCACAGUCAAUUGAAGAAGGGAUUUUGGUCUGGUGCAAAUUACGAAGAUAUCCAUACUGGCCAGCAGUGGUAAAAACACUGAAGCGGAAACACAGAAAGGCAAACGUGCUGUUGAUAGAAGGGAAUACAAAUGACAAGACAAAAGGGUAAAUGCGGGUUUUGCUUAGAUUCUGAAUCUUGGGUUUCUAUUGGGCAG